AUGGUACCUGAUCAUGCUCGACUCUAUCUUGUAGCUGUGUGUUACGAUGAUCCUGAGCUUACGGGUCCACCUCAUAGUGUUUCUGAUGAAGAUGCAAUUUUUCUAUUUGGAUCAAUAUGUUCUAUUGAAUCGAUCAGCAUCAAUGACACAACAGCCGAUUUUAUUGCAAAUAGUCGUAGAAAAGUACGAUUGAUGGAAGAACAUCUUCAUUUAAUUAUACGAAAAUAA